AUGUCUCUUAAUAUCCCAAAUGCGCCAAAUGCUCAAUUAUUCAAGCAAGGAUACCAAAACUACGACUCAGAAGAUGGAGCUGUCCUACGAAACAUCGAUGCUUGCAGAACGAUAUCCUCAACAGUCCAAACCUCCCUUGGUCCCUAUGGCCGAAAUAAGAUUGUCAUCAACCACCUUCAGAAGAUGAUCUUGACCUCUGAUGCUGCCACUAUCCUGCGAGAACUCGACGUCGUCCACCCAGCAGCAAAACUUGUCGUCAUGGCAAGUCAGCAACAAGAAGCGGAGAUGGGAGAUGCUACCAACUUGGUUAUUGUGUUGGCAGGAGAGCUUCUGAGGAAGGCUGAGGAUCUGCUACGCAUGGGCUUGAAGACGAGCGAUGUCAUUCGAGGUUACGAACUGGCUCAAAAGUUUGCCCUGAAUGAGCUCGAGAACCUUGUCGUAGAUAAGGUUGAGGAUAUUCGGUCGCAGUCAGAACUCAGCAAAGCUAUUAGAACUGUUAUUGCGAGCAAGCAAAGUGGCAACGAGGAUUUCUUGGCAGAUAUGGUGGCAGAGGCUGUGCUUGCUGUGCUUCCCAAGAACCCCGUCAACUUCAACGUCGAUAAUAUCCGCGUCGUGAAAAUUAUGGGUGGUAGCUUGGAGCAGAGCAGAGUGGUCAAGGGCAUGGUGUUUGGACGGGAACCCGACGGAUCGGUCAAGAAGGCAACCAGAGCGAAAGUCGGGGUGUUCUCGUGCCCCAUCGAUAUCAGCCAGACCGAAACUAAAGGCACGGUUCUAUUACAUAAUGCGAAGGAAAUGCUUGACUUCACGAAAGGAGAGGAGAACCAGUUGGAAACUCAUAUCAAGGAGCUUUUCGACUCUGGCUUGCGAGUUGUAGUUGCUGGUUCGACAGUCGGUGAGCUUGCCAUGCACUAUCUCAACCGCUUCGGUAUUCUGGUUAUCCGAAUUCUGAGCAAAUUUGAACUCCGAAGAUUAUGCAGAGUUGUGGGCGCAACGCCGUUGGCAAGAUUAGGAGCGCCAAUGCCUGAUGAGAUGGGAAGCGUGGAUGUUGUCGAGACUCUGGAGAUCGGUGGAGAUCGUGUCACAGUAUUCAGACAGGAGAAUGAGACUACGAGAACAGCAACACUCGUGAUUCGAGGUGCUACACAGAACCACCUAGACGAUAUCGAGCGGGCUGUUGAUGACGGUGUAAAUGUUGUCAAGGCAAUCACUAGGGACCCCAGAUUGGUGCCAGGUGCUGGUGCUACCGAAAUGCAACUGGUCGAGCGAAUACAGGCAUUCGCUGACAGGACUCCUGGAUUGGCUCAAUAUUCCAUCAGAAAAUAUGGUGAAGCCUUCGAAGUCAUUCCAAGAACAUUGGCCGAGAGUGCAGGACUUGACGCCACGGAGGUAUUGAGUAGGCUGUAUACUGCACACCACAAGAAAGACUCGUGGACCACCGGUGUUGAUAUCGAGAACGAGGACGACACUGGUACUCUAGAUGCUAAGAAGGAAGGUAUCCUUGAUCUGAUGAUCUCGAAGAGUUGGGCGAUCAAACUUGCUACUGAGGCUGCAAGAACUGUGCUCUCUGUGGACCAAAUCAUUGUUGCGCGACAAGCCGGUGGCCCAAAGCCUCCUGGACCGAACCCUAACUGGGAUGAAGACUAG